AAAGCCAGAACGAAGACAACUCGGAACCACUUAAAUGUCAUUCAUCGACUCACCGGGCCCAAGAAACUGCAAUCAGAAAACUCUCAAUGAAGAGAGCGGAUUAAUUCAAUGUGCUCACCUAAUCCUUCCAUGGCUUACCCCCUCCGAACUGGCCCAUACAUCCCUCACAUGCAAAACCCUCUCUCAUUUCUCCAAAAACGUCGCUGGAUCCCGCUCUCUCGACGCUUCCAGAUCAUUCGAGAACCUUCCCGUCCCAUUCCACAACACUCUCGAUAAAACCCCCUACGUCCACUUCCUUUACACCCCGUCACAAAUCCUCUCUUCUUCUCCCUCCCAAUCUCCGCAACGCCAGUUUUGGGGGUCCACUUUUUAUACCAAACCUAGACCCGGUUCACUGAGUAAACUCGGUCCGAGUUCGGUCGGAGAUCCGGCCGAUUGUUCUGCAGGACUGAGUCGGCUCGGGCUGAGAUGUGAGAAACUGAGUGGAGAUUGUCUUGAUUUAGGGAUUGAGUUGGGUGAGAAUGAUUGUGGGUGCGAGUGUGAGAAGUGUUUGGAGGUGGGAGAUGAUAAUGGAGUGUUUGGGUGUCCUUGUUUCUCGGGAGUGGAGGAUAUGGGGAUAGUAAGUGAGUGUGGACCGAGUUGCGAGUGCGGGUUGGAGUGUGAGAAUCGGUUGAGCCAGAGAGGAAUAGGGUUCCGGUUGAAGAUAGUUAGGGUUUUGAAAAAAGGGUGGGGCUUGUUUGCUGAUCAGUUCGUACCUCGAGGCCAAUUCGUUUGCGAGUAUGCAGGUGAACUGUUGACAACCAAAGAAGCAAGAAGACAGCAAAAAAUCUAUGAUGAACGUGCAUUAUGUUAUGGAAUAUCUUCUGCUCUCUUAGUUGUCAGGGAGCAUCUUCCAUCUGGAAAGGCAUGUUUGAGGAUGAAUAUUGAUGCCACAAGAGUCGGAAACGUUGCACGAUUCAUCAACCAUUCUUGUGAUGGUGGUAAUCUGUCAACAAUACUGGUGAGAAGCUCGGGAUCUUUCCUACCUCGUCUUUGUUUCUUCUCCUCCAAAGACAUAAAAGAAGGUGAAGAGCUCACCUUUAGCUAUGGAGAAAUCAGGGUCAGGUCCGAGGGCUUACCAUGUUUCUGCGGCAGCUCUUGUUGUUUUGGGAUUUUACCAUCCGAACAUACUUGAUCAUGUUGCAAAUUAAGAGUGGACUGAGAGAGCAUUGC